AUGAUAAGGUUUCUUACAACGUCUCUCAGUUUCACUAACACCAUACCAAGAGAUAAAUCACACUACAACUCUGUUGAGCCUUCAACACGGAAAAAGAUCUGCGGUAUGACAACAAGUCCAAGUCCAAGGAACAGCCGACAUGUUGUAGAAAAGAAGCAAAAGCCGUUCAUGGCGACCACUAGCACCACCGAGCUAGACUUGCGUCGUAGUAAUGCCCUCGAAGACUGGAUGAACGAAAUGAGACAUCAGGAGAAGCCUAUUGCAAUGACAAAUCGAACCGAAGCGGAACAAAUCGCAUCGGAUGAGUGA